AUGUCAGGAUAUGAGUAAGUUUUGUUUGCUCAUUGAUAUGAAAUCUGUCAAAAAGUUCGAGAAAUCUAGCAGGGAUGAACUUGUUUCACACUUUUUGUUUAGAGAUGUCAGCCAAAGAAAAUUAGUAACAUCUGAUUUUAUUUUCUCUUCAAGCUAGAGAAAAUGGUGUACUCUUUUGAUAAAAAUAGGUAAGUUUUGAAUAUUUUCAAAUUUUUUGUGUAAAACUAUUGAAAAAUCGGAAGUUUUCAAAAUUGUUAUAUUCUUCAAAGUUUUCUAUAUUUUGGCCAUUAGAAAUUUAUGAAAAUUUAAUUUUCCAACUAUCUCAAAUCUUAUUUCAAAACUUUUUUUCCGAAUUAAUAAGUAUUUUGUUCUAAAAUUUACCGUUUUCUGAUUGUAGGUUAAGUUCGCAAAAAAAAUAUUGGGUUAUCGAAAUUAGAUCUUUUGAUGAGAAUCACUCAAGAUGUUUUUGUUAAUAUGGAAAUUAAUAAGGCAAGUUGUUUUGUGAAAUUUCCAGCAUUCAAAAAAUAAUUUCUAGCCGCUUCCAUUUUUCAAAACUGGAUCCCGGUUUUAAUUUCCAAAUCGUCUUGUCAAAAACAAAUUGUAUCCAAUAAAAAAAUCCCAACCUUUUUCUCUUCUAUCUGUUUCUCUCAAACUUCCGGAAAAUAUUUUGAUCAUCUUAAAUUUCAAUAAUAUCACUCAUCAUCAUCAUGAAAACACAUCCACAAAACGUUUCAAAAUAUUUGUACGUUUUUUGUAACAUGCGGCUCGUGUCGUUUUAAAUUUCAUGUUCAUCAAAAUCGCAAAAAUUGUGCUCCGCUCAUUUAUCACACUUUUUUGUUGGUGAACAUUUAUUUCAUUUUCAUCCAUCCGCCCGCAAUCUCGGUUACACUUUUCUUUGUGUUUUUUUCCGCAUUUCUAUUGUGGCUAUGGCUUACAACUGAUUUGUCUGUCUCAUGAAUUAUUAGCAUUUUGAUGUAUAGCAAAACGAAAUUGAGAAACAUGAAAAACUUGGAGCAAGAUGGAGAAAAAAGUAUAUGAAAAAUUUAAUGUGUCUAGAAAAGUUGUAUAUAUGAGUUCUUGGAACACCAUGUGCAGAACAAUUCAUUCCAGUAAUGAGAUGAAUAUUUUACAUUUUUUUGGAAAAAAAAACUUGAAAAAUAUAUUAGCUCAAAAUGUUAAAGUGCGAAAGACACAAGGGACCAAACAACCAUGUAUAAACUAUAUUUGAAAACAAUCGUUCAAUUUUUAUUCCACAAAUGUGUUUAUCUCUCACUUGUAACAAAAAAAAAUUCCCGGCGUCCUUUCCUAAACAAAAAAAAAUAAAAUGACAACAACACUCCGCGUACGCACACGCAUUGUUUAGCCUUAUUCAUUAUCAAAAAAAAAAAAAACAACGAACAAACAAAACAUUAUAAUAAAAAUGCAGAGAAGGUGAGUUUAAAACGAAAAACUUGAAAAUAUUGUUAGCACUCAACAAUUUGUUGACUUUUCCUUGUAUUUAUCAAGUAAUAACUCUUUUUUUCUUUCAGUCAACAUAGAGAUAGCCCAUUUCGACCGUCAUCAUUAAAUUCUUCAACGUGUUCGACACCAAAUUCAAAAUUCAACAAUCAAAUGUCAUCCUCAGCAUUUGGAGAGAAGAAAUACGUGAGUGAAAGUGAUUGCUAUCAUAUAAUCAAAAUUAAAACGAUAUGAACACUUUCUAUUUCAAUUUCAAUUUUAUAUAAAUUUUAAAUUUGGGUCAUUUCAUUUCAAUCCUAUUUCACACAGCUGGAUAUUUAUUCUUUAUCCAAUUUUAUUCCAUUUCAAAAACUUAUGUUCAAAACAUUACCCAAAAAAUGUUUGUUUUCGUUUUUCCUAUUAAUAAUAAUAUCUUUUCUUUUACGCGAAAUGCGCGAAAAAUGUUUUACUAUCAAUCAUUUCGUGUUUACUUUUCUCUUUUUUUUUCUACUUUUUAGCAAAAUUGAAAUUGAAAUUUAGCAAAAAUAAAGAUGCCAAGAAAAAUUGAUAGAAAUCGAAGAGCUACCGUUACAUCAUUUGAUUUGGCAACUGUACCGGUAAGAAUUUCGGAUGUGAAAUCGACCGAUUUAUUUUCAAAAUUUAGACCUGCAGAUUCCUCUUUAAAGGUAGAGUUUGCGAUUAAAUAAGCUAGGCUCAUUCAAUUUUGAAGAAAGAAAACAAGAGGCAUCUUCAAAGUAAAAAAACAUGAAAGUUGUCUGUAAAAAAUAUUUAUUAACAUUUUUCAGGUGAGCAAAGAAGAUCAUGAACGAGAACGUGCAAGAUGGUUGAAUAAAAUUGAAGAAAUCGAGAAACGUCUGAUUUCUUCAGAAACUCUUAAUUCUGAAAUGCUGAUUACAAAAGCAGAACUUGUAAGUCGUUCUUCUAACUUUUUUCUUCCAAAAAUUUGUUUUCCAGAAGAAGAAAAAUUGUUGAUAUGGAAAAAACGCAGAGACCAAUGAUUGAUUCGAAUCGUAAACUUGGUGAUCGCAACAAGACUCUUCAACAAGAAAUCAAAAAAGUCGAGCAAAAAUAUUGCCAUAGUCAAGAUGAUUUCUUAACAUUGAAAGAUGCCUAUGAACGAUUGCAAAAAGAAAAUGCAACAUUGAAAGAAAAACGAGUUUCGCCUGAAAAAUUGGAAGAAUUGAUGACUUAUCGUAAUCAAGUACUUGAAUAUUCAAAAUGUAUCACCGCACUUCGAAGUUCCGCUUAUGAAAAAGACAAAAGAAAUGAGAUGCUUGUUCAAAAAUUCAAAAGACUUCAGAAAUGUUUGAAGAAAAAUGAUAAUGAUUGUGAUCAAAUGAGUAAUGUUGGAAGUGAUUGUUCAGCUGCCAGUACUGUUAGUCUUGAUACAAUUACUGAAGAUUUUGAAGAGGUGAGACAUUUUCAUUUUAUUCUGAAAAUUUUGAAAAGGGAUUACAAACCACCCACAUGCAUUCUGACGUUGCUGAAUAACAGUUCAUAUUAGAAAAACUUUCCAAAAAAGUGAUAAAAAUGAAUUAUCAUUGAACAUUAAAAAAUCACAUAAAAAAUGACCAGUUUCUCCUUAUAUAUAUUUACAACAUUUUGAUAAAUUGAUUGUACGAUUUUUCAUUUUUGCUAUUUUUGGUUGGAUUUUAAAACAGUUUCAAUUCUAUUGUCAUGCAAAUCAGCUUUGACAAAAAAUAAAUAAAAGAAUACUAGUCUUUUGUUGAGAAACCGGUGGUUUUUUAUUGAAAAUAAAAAAGAAAAAUUGGUUUUUUUGGCUAACAGGAUUAGUUUUGUUCCAAUUUUUUAUUAUUUUUUCUUACAAAUACAGUUUCAGGAGUACUGUAUGUCCUUGAAAAAAUCGAACAAGACACCAAUCAAUCACUUUCUCAAAGCAGAGAAAAUUAGGACCUUUUUCGCUAUUUUUUUUUCUUAUUCCAUUCAUGUUUAUUUUUGCAUGACUCAUAGAGUUUUAUAUUCAACUCACGUUUUUUGCCAAAGAAAAAGUAAGAAAAAACAAAUUAAUUUAGGUCAAUAACAAGAUUUGUUCACUUGACCAGAAAUAUUUUUUCUUGCAAGGUUGGUUUUUUGAAGACAAAAAACGUAGUAAAUGUUAUUUUAUAUUCUAUGCUUUUUAUUUUUGAGGGAAGAUUUAAUCCGGAAAUGACAAUUUUCCCAUGAUUUGAAUAAUCUUUUUUUUUCAACUAAUUGAUUGGGAGAAAUUCACUUUUUGUUUUUUUGCAGGCUUUCGCUAAGGAUAUCGAGACGAAUUAUCAGGCAUUGUAUAGAGAAAACGCAGAAUUGCAACGCGCACUGAAUGUGAGUUUUUUUAAUAUUUGAGAAGUUCUACAGGAUUCAUAUUGUAUAGUUUAAAAAAUAGCCAAUGCUUUUUAAAAAUACGAUUUUUACACUAAAUUUUAUGAUAUGCUCUUUUCAAAAAAUUUCACAAUGUUUUUUAUUAAACGUCGGCAAACCUUUUGAACUAUACGAUUAAUUUUCCUCUCAUUUUUCAAGUAUUUGUUUUUCAAAGUUCUUACCCAUAGUUUUCCAGGAACUCCAAUUGAAUACAUCAGAUCUUCACGAGGAAAGUUUCCUUCGAGAUCAAAUCAGUUUUGCUCACUCAACAAUUGAACAACAACAGCUUGUAAUCGACGCAACUCAAGACAUGGUCAGUUUUCACUCGUUUUUCUAACAUUUUAGCCUAGUAGCCUUGUAUUUGUUUUUUUUCGCGCAAGUUUUAUUCUUACCAAAAGGAGAGAUCAUCCCAGAUAAGCAAAAAAAAUGAAGAACCCGGUUUUUUUCUUUUUGUUGUUGUGGUGUUCAUUACCGAAAGAUUUGACGUUAACAAAAAACAUGUGUACAGUAUGACAGAGGGAAAAAAGUUUUGCUAAGUGAUUAGUGUUUUAAAAAAGUUUUUUUGUACGCACGGUGUUUUUUUUUUCAUUUUGUGAUAUUAACGUAUUAUUUUUUCAUUGUUGAUGAGAUAAUUUUUUCCAAAUAGGUUUCUCACAAGGAAUGUUCCACAAUGUUCCCCCUCGAAAAAAGGUGGGACUAUGCGGGUAUUGUAGGUCCCCCCUGGGCUUGAAAAAGCCCAAAGGGAUUUUGUAAGUAAAAAUUUUUAACAGGAGUUUUUUGGGAAAAAAUUUUUUUUUGAAAAUUUUUCGAUUCUGAACUUUAAAAAUUUGAAACUUGGGUUAGAGUUGACUAAAUUACUCGAUCAAAAAAUCAAAAUGAAGCUAAAAUGCUAUACUUUUAAAGGUAUUACAGCUCUGUUGAUGAAAAAAAUAUUAGAGAUUAAAAAACCAAUGAAAACGAAAAAAUUUGAAAAGACCAAAAAUUGGAAAAGCAUGAAGGAGGCGAAUUCAUGAGUUCUAGUUGCUUCCAAAGCAUUCAGAACGCAAAUUUAGGUCUAGGCACACUUUUUCGGAAAAUUUGACCGUGGAAUAUGAGCACUUUACAGUUUUGUAGGCGAAUAAUCCAGAAAAAUGCAUCUUGUAGGUGCAACCAAUGGUGACCAAGUGGUUAACACGCAUGAUUAUUGAGAAAUCAGUCAUGGGUUCGAUCCCACAUGCUUCCUACUUUUUUUUUCGAAGUGACAACAUAAUCAAAUAUGUUCUCAAGGCGUUGAAUAUGACAUAAAAGGUUCUCUAGACUGGUCUCCUUGAAAGAAAUUGUCUCAAGGCUUGGCUCCUUGAAGCAAACAGUCUCAAGGUUCGGCUGCUUGAAAUACAUCACCUCAAGGCUUGGCUCUUUGAAGCAAACAGUCUCAAGGCUCGGCUUGUUCUCAUAAAUCGUUUCAAGGCUUGGAUUCUUGAACAAAACAUUCUCAAGGCUUGGCUCCUUGAAGCAAACAGUCUCAAAGCUCGGCUCCUUGAAACAAACAUUCUCAAGGCUCGGCGGCUUGGACUACAUCACCUCAAGGCUCGGCUGCUUGGACUACAUCACCUCAAGGUUCGGCUUCUUGUGAAAUACAUUCAACUGCGAGCCUUGAGGUGAUGUAUUUCAAGCAGCCGAACCUUGAGAAUGUUUGUUCCAAGGAGCUAAGCCUUGAAACGAUUUAAAACAACAAGCCGAGCCUUGAAACUGUUUGCUUCAAGGAGCCAAACCUUGAGGUGAUGUAGUCCAAGGAGCCAAACCUUGAGGUGAUGUAGUCCAAGCAGCCAAGCCUUGAGGUGAUGUAGUCCAAGCAGCAGAGCCUUGAGGUGAUGUAGUCCAAGCCGCCGAGUCUUGAGACUUUUUGCUUCAAGGAGCCAAGCUUUGAGGUGAUGUAGUCCAAGGAUCCAAGCCUUGAGGUGAUGUAGUCCAAGCAGCCAAGCCUUGAGGUGAUGUAGUCCAAGCAGCCAAGCCUUGAGGUGAUGUAGUCCAAGCAGCAGAGCCUUGAGGUGAUGUAGUCCAAGCCGCCGAGCCUUGAGACUGUUUGCUUCAAGGAUCCAAGCCUUGAGGUGAUGUAGUCCAAGCAGCCAAGCCUUGAGGUGAUGUAGUCCAAGCAGCCGAACCUUGAGGUGAUGUAGUCCAAGCAGCCGAGCCUUGAGGUGAUGUAGUCCAAGCCGCCGAGCCUUGAGAAUGUUUGUUUCAAGGAGCCGAGCUUUGAGACUGUUUGCUUCAAGGAGCCAAGCCUUGAGAAUGUUUUGUUCAAGAAUCCAAGCCUUGAAACGAUUUAUGAGAACAAGCCGAGCCUUGAGACUGUUUGCUUCAAAGAGCCAAGCCUUGAGGUGAUGUAUUUCAAGCAGCCGAACCUUGAGACUGUUUGCUUCAAGGAGCCAAGCCUUGAGACAAUUUCUUUCAAGGAGACCAGUCUAGAGAACCUUUUAUGUCAUAUUCAACGCCUUGAGAACAUAUUUGAUUAUGUUGUCACUUCGAAAAAAAAAAAAGUAGGAAGCAUGUGGGAUCGAACCCAUGACUGAUUUCUCAAUAAUCAUGCGUGUUAACCACUUGGUCACCAUUGGUUGCACCUACAAGAUGCAUUUUUCUGGAUUAUUCGCCUACAAAACUGUAAAGUGCUCAUAUUCCACGGUCAAAUUUUCCGAAAAAGUGUGCCUAGACCUAAAUUUGCGUUCUGAAUGCUUUGGAAGCAACUAGAACUCAUGAAUUCGCCUCCUUCAUGCUUUUCCAAUUUUUGGUCUUUUCAAAUUUUUUCGUUUUCAUUGGUUUUUUAAUCUCUAAUAUUUUUUUCAUCAACAGAGCUGUAAUACCUUUAAAAGUAUAGCAUUUUAGCUUCAUUUUGAUUUUUUGAUCGAGUAAUUUAGUCAACUCUAACCCAAGUUUCAAAUUUUUAAAGUUCAGAAUCGAAAAAUUUUCAAAAAAAAAUUUUUUCCCAAAAAACUCCUGUUAAAAAUUUUUACUUACAAAAUCCCUUUGGGCUUUUUCAAGCCCAGGGGGGACCUACAAUACCCGCAUAGUCCCACCUUUUUUCGAGGGGGAACAUUGUGGAACGUGUCAGUGAUGUGAGUGAAAAUUGAACCGCUCUCAGUUAUUUUUAUUUUUGGAAUAGUCAACUCCAACUAUUUGAGGGCUUCUCCAGUACUUUUGAGAAGUUAUCGUAUCAUCUAGGAAAUGUUUAGUUCACAUAUAUAUUCAUAUAACUUUUUUCUUUAAAUGAUCAACGCAAUAAUAAUAAUAAUAAAAAUAAUUCAUAAUGAUGUUUUAACACCUUUAUUUCAUCGUUGGCGAUCAAUCCAAUUAAAACAUGGUCGAAUAAACUGAACUGAUUUGAUUUCGAUUUUAUCAUUUCUUUUCAUUCGUUCUGAAUAGUCAACAACAACAACAACUAGUUUCAUUGAUUUUCAUUAAAUGUAAUAUAACACUUGAAAAUAUUAUUCUUUCUCUAAUUAAAAAUGUUUUGGUUUUUAAUAUUCAUAUUCAUAUUUUUAUGCAAAUUUUUGUGCUUGAGUGAAAGAGUGAAUAUAACACAGAAUGUUUUAGAUGUCUCAAACAGCUCAACUCAAAUCAACAAUUGCUGCUCAACAAGAACAAAUUCGUCAGUUGCAAGAUGUUAUUGAAGAAUUGAAGCAGAAAAAUGUUUCGGAAACUGAAAGAAAUGAUCUACUCGAGUUUCAAGUUCUUGAAAUGGAAGAAACAUCCAAACAACAGGUAUUUUUGUGGUUUUUCAAUGUGGUUUUUGCAUGGUUUUCUGAUUUUUCUGCUGAAAUCAAUCAAAAAUAUAUUAUGUUUCUGAAUUAUCAAUUUCGAAAUAAUAACAAAUUUUCAGACGCUUGAAACGAAAGAAAAACUUCAAGCUGAACUCGAGUUGAUCAAACAAACCAGUGAAGAAAAUUUGGCCAAAAGACUUUUGGAAAUCGAAGAAUUGAAAGCGAAAUUGGGAAAUAUUGGAGAUGAAUCAGUUGAAGUGAAGGAGCUCAAGGAAAAACUUGUAAAAUCAGAGACCGCUAAUGCUAAUCUCAAUCAGGAAAUGAGAACUCUUUCUAAAGAACUUGGAAAAAUUCGAUUCCAACUUCAAGGAAAAGAAACUGAUUUGAAUCGCGAAUUGAAAAUGACAGAAGCUCUCAGUGUGUAAGUAUUUCAUGCUUUUUUUGUUUUGAAAUACAAAUUGGGAUAUUUUUUUAGACAAUUGCAACAAUACGUGUCCAACGGUCAAGGAGAAUCAUCGAAGAAAGAAGAAGAAUUGAAAAAAUUGAAAUUGGAGUUGGAGAAUGUUGAAAAACAAAGACAAGAGGUUGGUUUUUUAAAAUAUAUUUUUUGAAAAUUCCAAUUCUCAAAUAAUGUUUCUUUUUCAGCUCGAAAAACAACUCAAAGACCUCGCAAAAGAAUAUGCUGCCUAUCGUGAAGAACAACGCCCAGAAAUCAGAACAGAACUUGAAAGAAGAUAUGAAGAGGCUAGAUAUCGAUUGAAAAACGCUCUCGAAAAAAUCCAUGACUAUGAACUUUUAUAUGAAGCUGCCAAAAAAUCAGAAAACGAUGGUUCAAUGAGCAAACAUUUGGAAGAAGAACUUAUUGAAGUCAAAGAAUUUAAUGCUCAUCUUCAAAGACAAUUCCAAACUCAAUCAAAUAUUAUUGAGGCUCUCAAGAAAAAAGUCAUACAGGUUUGGUUAUUUUUUAGAUAAAAAAAUAAACUCUCUUCACAUUAUUUUCUUUCAGCAUCGCUCAUUCUGUGAUCGUGUCAACAAACUUUCUGAAUUGGAAGAUCCAAGUCGUAUCCAAGAAGAAUUGGUCAUGUUUUCGAGAGAAAAUGAUUGCGAUGACGCAAAACUUGCAAGCAAUAUUGCUUUAAUUAUCAAAGAUAUUCGAAAAAAUGCAUAUUAUUCCCCUUUGGAAAUUUCAACAAAUCACCACAAGGUUUUUCUGAAAAGCUAUUUGAGAAAAAACAAAAACAUAUUCCAAUAUUUUGCAGAUUCGUCAAUAUAAUUCGGUAGACUCAUCAGCUGAAUGGCAAUCAAAUAGUAGUGAAGGAAUCGUCUCGCCAGACGAAAACGAAGAAUGA